ACACACACACACAUCUGCAGAGGAAUAACUCCUUCUUCUUCUUCUGAGCCUCGGAGGAGACAGAAGAGCUCACAGCUGCAUGUUUCACAGAUUCGUCUUCCGCAUAAAAAAAGAUAAUCUAUCAUCCACCCACUGCUGAAGAGACAGAAGAAGAAAGAAGAAGAAGAAGAGGAAACGUCUCAGCACGGAUCGAGCCGGAGGAGAACGACAAACAGAGCGCCGUUAUUGUGUGUGUGUGUGUGUGUGUGCGAGCUUUAAGUGGACGGGAUGCCGACUCCUUUUGUAAAAACCUGAUCUCACUACUCGGGGCGCGUGCUGUGGGCGGCGGACAGCUGGGCUCCGUGAUUCACAAAAACAACACACACACACACACACACAGGAAAACAAAAAGAGAGAGCGCGCAUCUUUGUUUGGAGAAUACAAAAACAAACAAAAACAUCCAGGAGCUCUUGUGUUUUUUUUCCUCUUAGCGAGUUACCCGUGAAGAAAGGACUCAGAGAGCCGAGACGAGUCUUCUGGAUCUAUCCACCUUCUUCUUCUGUGUCGGAGGUGGAAAAGGUGCAGCCACCACACAGAGGAAUGUUUUCUUCUAAUGGAAUAAAAACCUACGACAAACAAUAACUCCUUUUUUUUUUCCUCACCACAGCUGGAUGAACUUUGAAUGCGCUCCGAGUUCUCGUCCACCCUGCUGAACUCACGUCACGGAGCAGAAGGGCUUUAGCACCCGGACCUCUCAAACUCAGCCGUUUUUUUUUUAUUCUUCUUUUUUUGGGUGGGGGUUUAUCGUGCAGCCGCCUCGCAACCUUUUCUCCCGCGUCGUCAGCCCUCUCAGCAGGUGACAGACGGUCGCAGGAGGGAGCCUACGAGGCGGAGACAAGGGACUCGGAGCCAGAGCCUCCAACAUUUUCACCGGCGUUUUUAAGACUGGAUCAAGGUAAAACAAUUUAAAAAACACAAAAUAAACAAUGAGAAGCGAGCGCACACUCUCUCUCGUGUUAGUUUGUCAGGUUUUUGUGGAAUGUGAAUUUCUCGAUGAAACAGAGAUGAAUCCGACAGUAUGAGGGAUUUUAAAAAGUCAUAAGCCGGGUGACCUCGCAAUCCGAUCUCUGGCCGCCGAUGCCCGCGGGCCUGCCGGCGGCGUCAUGUCCUACGUUCCUGGGGGGGGUGGCUUUCCGUGGGGUGCGGCGUUGCCGGCGGCAACGUCGGAGCCGGCGUCGCGUUGGAGGUGGCUCGUCGUCGCCGUCUCGCUAGUUUGUGUCCAGCUCCUGCGGCCGGGCUCCUCCCAGGCCGCCGGCGCCCCCCCGUCCCCGGCCCCCGACGAGGCGGACGGGUGCGUCCGCGCCUCGGACAUCCUCAGCUGCACCGCCGCGGGUCUGGACCGCGUGCCGCCGGACAUGCCCGUCUCUGCCGUCACCCUGGACCUCAGCCACAACCUGAUCGGGCGGUUGGAGGGGGGCGGCUUCGAGGGGCUGGACCGGCUGGAGACGCUGCGGGUGGCGCACAACCGGCUUACCGCCGUCAUGCCGGGGGCCUUCCGAAACGCGUCGGGGUCCCUGCUGCGACACCUGGACCUGUCGUCCAAUCGCCUCAGCGUGUUGGAGCGGCACUACUUCGAGGACGCGCCCGGGCUGGAGGAGCUGCUGCUGUUCGACAACCGCAUCGUCCACGUGGAGAGCCGGGCCCUGGCCGCGCUGGGCGGCCUGCGCAAGGUCUACCUCAGCCACAACCGCCUCACCGACUUCCCCUUCUUCUCCAUCCAGGAGCACAGCCACCCUCACCUGUCAAUGCUGGACCUGUCCUCCAACCGCUUGUCCAAACUCCCCCUGGAGGACAUUACAAACUUACCCGUGUCCAUGCAGCGGGGGCUCUUCCUUCACAACAACUCCCUGGUGUGCGAGUGCUCCAUGUACGGACUGUUUCGGCACUGGGACCAGAGAGGUUUCGCUUCGGUGACCGACUUCCGGCGGGAGCACACCUGUCUGGUCUUCGGGAUACAGAGGGGCACCGUACGCUUCUUCCAGCACGGCCGCUACUUCGACAAAUGUGACCUGGCGGCGAUGAGUCAGGGGCUGAAGGAGCAGGAGAGCAGCGUCCUGGUGAAGCUGGGAACGCCGCUGCUGCUGCAUUGUGUGACCACUUUGGCCGGACGCCACGUGACCUUUCUGUGGGUGUCGCCAAAUCAGGAGUACGUGGCGCCGCCGGGGAACAACGGGUCGCUGAAGAUGUACGCCAACGGCAGCCUGGAGAUCGUGGCGGCCCGCGCGGAGGACUCCGGCGUCUACUGGUGCAUGUCGCUGGACAGGCGGCAACAACGCAACGAGACGCGGGAGGUCAACGUGACCGUGCUGGCGCACGAGGACGAGCCUCACGAGCCCUUCAACACCGGGUUCACCACCCUGCUGGGCUGCGUGGUGAGCCUGGUGCUGGUCCUCAUGUACCUCUACCUGACGCCGUGCCGCUGCCCCUCGUGCCGCAAGGCCCGGGCCCCGGCCGCCCCGAGCCAGGGCAACGAGGCCGGAACGGGGAGCGCCCAGUCCUCCAUCCUGACCCCGACCCCGCCGGCGACGACGGAGGGCCCGGGUCGCAAGGUCAGUACCAACAAGCACGUGGUCUUUCUGGAGCCAAUCAAAGAGCAGCAGAAUGGCCGACUCAGGGCAGGGAUGGGAGGACAUUUGGGUCCGGGUUUACUUCUAGAGGCAGAGCAGCACACAAAGCUCCACAGCCAGUCGCAGCAGACGGAGCCCGUCAUGUCCAUGUUCUCAGACACUCCGGUCAAGUUGCCGUAGCAACGUGGCAAACAAGAGACAGACUGUAACAUCACUUCUCACAGCCCAUCCUACUUCCCCAUCACCAGACUACCUCCCGCUGACCCUAAAAGUAGACCCCAACCCACUGCCCCCAUCACCGGACCUCUUCACCACCUCCCACUGCCCCCAUCUACAGACCUCUUGACCACCUCCCAAUGCCCGUAAAACUAGACCGCCUUCCACUGCCCCCAUUGCUGGACCUCUUGACCACCUCCCACUGCCCCCAUCACCGGUCCACCUCCCACUGCCCCCAUCACCGGUCCACCUCCCACUGCCCCCAUCACCAGACCACCUCCCACUGCCCCCAUCACCGGUCCACCUCCCACUGCCCCCAUCACCGGACCACCUCCCACUGCCCCCAUCACCGGACCUCUUGACCACCUCCCACUGCCCCCAUCACCGGACCUCUUGAUCAACUCCCACUGCCCCCAUCGCCAGAUUACCUCCCACUGCCCCCAUCGCCAGAUUACCUCCCACUGCCCCCAUCACCGGACCACCUCCCACUGCCCCCCUUCCACUGCCCCCCCCCCCUCACUGGAACACCUCCUACUGCCUUGCACGCCAGAAACAAACGGGUAAUCCGUAGUGGCUUUCAAAAUGAAUCUUUUCUUUGCAGCAGCCUGAUGACGUUGAAGAGCUUGAAUAGUGUUUUAAAUACAAAUUGAAAUACAUAUUGUUGUUUGCCCAGGUGUCCCCCUACUAGGCCCUACAGACAGCCAUCCACCGAUGCACUGUGAUGGGAGGGGCUCAGGGUGGCAGGGUAGGGACGAAGAUCGGACAGUGGAGGAAAGAAAAGAAAAAAAUAAGAAAACAUUAAAAAACCGCAAAAAAUCAGAAAGAUCAUGUUCUCGGUGAGGAGCUGCCUCGAGGAAUGUUUGAGACUAAAUUUUAAAAAAGGACUUUAGGGAUGUUUUUCCUGCCACAGCGACCAAGCAUGGACCCUUUAAGCACGGCUUGUACCUUUAAUAAACAUUUGCUGCAGAUGCCUUCUUGUGUUGUACGGAGAGAAGAUAAAAAAAAAAAAAACGUCUUUUGUAGAGCUUGUUCUUUGUAGUCGGUUGAUUAGAGCAGAACCGAUGUGCGUAGCGUAGCUCUGUCAGGAUGUGAAAUGCUUAAGAGUAGACAAGCUAGAGAAGAAAAAGAGGAUCUUUUAAGAGAAAAAAAAAAUAGAAGCAAUUUUAAAAAGGAUGAGGUUUGAACUCCCUGCCUGGAUCCUUCCUCCUCUGCCUUGGAACUUGGUUGCAGUCAUCAUCAGUCACGACGAGGGUCGGGAAAUCAAAAGGGAAUAAAUACAUAAAUUAUAAGCAUCAGCUGAAAUUAUUUAUGCCGCAGAAGAAGAAUGGUUGUUUGUUUAGUUGGAGACGGAGGGGGGGGGGGGGGAUUUUUAAUGCUCUUUUUAUUUUGACUGAAAAUAGCCUUUGUGUGAGAUGAACACGGGACAAUCAGGGCGGACAGGUCUUUUGUUUUUUUAAGGAUUUUUCACUGUAUUCACUGCAUCUGCCCCCCGCCUCUCCUACCUGUCUUUACCCGUGUGUUAAUAAACCUCUGUAUCUGGACUGUCCAGGUCAACGUACGCCUACUUGUUGUUACUGAGCGACACUCUGUGGCAAUGGAGAAUGGAGAGAGUGUGUGUGUGUGUGUGUUCCGGCAAGUUUUAACUUUUGAGGUUGAAUCUGCCUCUUAAAACGUCCACCAAAUUAUGUUUAAUGUCCCUCCAGGGCUUCAUUGUGCUUUUAAGCCGCAUAUCAUUUUGAUACCGUCACAGGUAACGAUGCUGUUUUCUUUGUAUGAGAGAGAGAGUUUGAGCAUCAAGUCAGAAUAAUUCCACGUCAACACUUUGUUUUACUGGCGUCAUCCACACAGUCACGUCCCUCACAACCAUCACCAUCAUCAUCUUCAUCACGCAGCGAUAUCAUCUCCACCGCGAGGAGACGUAUUUAUGAAGUGUUCCGCCUCGUUUAAAGCGCCGCGUGCAGCAGAGGCAGCUCGAUCCCGACCUGGAGGCCGCAGAUGUUAAGACUCCAGUAACAAAACAAUAGAGUCACGGAGCAGCAACACAUUCGCUCUUCAGUCAGACACCCAAAGCCUCUGCAUGUCCUCACACGCCAGUGCACCAGGCCGAGCUGCCCGUGUGCACGUGUGCGUGCACGUGCAUGUGUGCGUGUUUUAAAGAACUGCGCAGUGUGUGGAAUGUGAAACAUGGCCGAGAGACCCGAGGAGAUGUUUGAAAUGUUAUUUAAUAUCAGCUUCUGUAAUUGAAUAAAAAACCCGGGCAAAUAAAUAAAGAGAACAAAACGAGAGAUGACAUCAGCCACGUCUUGAUAAACCACCAAAUCAGACCUAGCGCUUUAUCGCAUACAGCGAGGUGCUUAUUAUUACAAAAUGUACAAAAAGACCUUUUUGUUAUUUAGCCACAAAACCUCAAACAAUUUAAGCACAAUUAAAUCCACUUUGAAAUACCAUUCCUGCCUUUUACCUCUUUGUGUCGUGCAGUUGGCUUUGUUACCGCUGUGCAACGUGAAAAACAACUCCAUCCUUUACAUGCAAGCGUAGAAUAUUAACACAGUAUAGCAUGUAGUAUAGUGAUCGUAUGUUAGUAUGCACAGGAGGUACAAGGCCCCCCCCACACACACUCACAUAAUGACUCCUCGGGGUAUUUCCUGUGUUUCCUUCACGCCUUUAUUCAAAUCAACACGAUAUCACUCAACAUCACAAAGGGCCAUAAAUCUCUGGUGGGAAUCAGGGAUGCUUCCGCUGAUGGAACGGACCGUUAGGACCAGGGACCGGGGGGCUGAUGGAGAAGGGGGGGGGGAGAGAAUUGGGGACGUGCAGGAGGCACUUUUUAAAGGGUUUAAAAAUAGAUAAUAGAUGAUUCAGCAUGUUUGUAAAUGAGCCAGAAACAAAUAUGCAAUAUAAGGAGUUUAGCCCCGCAGUUCUAACAACAGGAGCAACAAAAUCCUUUAAUAUGAACCGUCCUACAUGCUAAAGAGGCAUUUUGUUACAUUAGCAACCAGGUUUCCAUCUUAAUUUACCUUAUAAUCAGUCAAAAGCCAAUAGAAAGAAUCUUAUAGGUGGACUUCUAUCCCUAAACUCUGACACUCGAGUUGUUGGAAUUGACCCCUCUUCAGGUUAACUGAUGCUCACGAGGCAUUAGAUCUCAGAAUAAGAACGAGGCCUUCAGGCAGUCGGCUGUGCCGAGGUGAGACGACGUGAACUCGGACUGAACUUGUUUUUUUCUAUACUUCACACUCGUUUUUGCCCGUGAACGGCUGA